AAGGAAACGUGAGUGGGCAAAACAUGGUUUCUCUGGAAACAGACUUCUCUUCUGUCCCCCUUCUUCUUCUCAUCCAUUGUCUGGCAUGCGUCCUCAAAAGGAAAAACAUUCGAACCGACACCCUCCGAUUUCUUAAUACUGACCCUUCUACUUCUGCAUCCACGAUGAAUCUACAACCGUAAACCCUAGACCAGCCUGGUGGCCGGGCACACAUCUCUGGAUUUAAGUUGUGUAACCAGACAUUUACGCAACGGUCUGUGUGAUGGCCUGGCUCAUCCAGUGCUGAUCUGAUCUGACCACUAGAACCAACGAUCACCAAAGAUCCAUCCUGAUUAUUUAUUAUCUUGUAAUAAAGGAAAAAUGGAUACCAGCGUUCAGGGUUCCGCCGAGCAUUUCGCGUCUCACGAUUUGAACCCGACCGGCGUGUGCCCCGAAAUGCUGGAAGUGGCAGAAGAAGCAUGCCGCGCAGGGGAUUACGAGCUAGCCGUGGAGAUCUAUUCCUCCCAGCUUGCAGAGCUGAACCAGCCCGAUCGGGGGCUUUGCCUGCGCAAAGCAGACGCGUUAAUACGCGCAGAUCGCAUCGCCGAGGCUCUGGAUUCGUACUGCGUGGCCGCGAACCUGCACCGAUUGCGACCCGACGAGCUGAAGCUGCUCGUGGAGAGCAUCGCGCACACCGUCCGCGUGAAAGUUCUCAACACCGAGACACGACCAGGGGGGAGCGGAGCCGGCGCCGCCGGGGCCACCGGGUCCGAUUUGGAUGAGCCGGAUGGGGACCGUGUGCUGGACAUGUUCUCCUGCCGCGUGUGCUCGUGUUUACUGUCCGACCCGACGACCCUGGAGUGCGGCCACACUUUCUGCAAGCGCUGCCUGGAGGACGUCGCUGAAUGCAAGUCGUGCCGCGCAAACAUAAACAAAUCGUGGCGCACCACCGGCCUCCGAGCCAACGUUAUCCUCACCGGCCUGCUCGACAAGUGGUUCGAGGCGGAAAGUAAAGCGAGGAGGUGCUGGCUCGAAGGGGAAAGUUUGUGGAAGAAGCAGGAGCUCCAGAACGCACUGGAAAAGUACAACCAGGCCGUAGACCUAGUGCCAUUUAUCAGUAGACUGAUAGCCCAGAGAGCAGAGCUGCUCAUGGACAUGAAGGACUUCAACCAAGCUAUCCAGGAUGGAGACAGGUUAUGCCGUCUUCUGACGUCUUCUCCAAAGGCUCACUACAUUAAGGCAAAGGCACUUAGCAGCGCUGGCCGCAGAGAAGAAGCUUUGCAGGAGUACUUCCACUGUCUAGCACUAAAGCCAGACUGGAUAGCUAUCAAAACAGAGGCACAGAAGAUCCUAAGCGAGAUGUUUUCAUCUAUUUUUGAGAACGAUGGUCUGGUCACGCGCCUCCAUCCGCUUCAGGCUACAGGUUCUACUCCUCGCAUCAAGCCUUCAUCCCUCCUCAGCUCUAUUCACCCUCCUACCAACAGAGACGGAACCAGAGCCGGCUGCUCCAAAGACCUUGCGCCAAACGGCGAUCGAGCGGGCAGCUCCAAUUCGGUGUCCUUACACAACCCUGGAAGCAGUGUGUCAGGGUCCAAAAGCCUGGCAGCUGUACUCUCCUCUCUCCCUGGUGUUCCCGGUGGAAAAAGGAAGUGUGUGGGAGACGCCAACACCUUCGAGCCGCCCAGCAAGCUUUUCAAAGCAGAACAAUGCGGUUCCUCCCAGACUCCUCCUGGAAUGAGGACUGUAGCGUGUUCGUUGCUGGACAGUGCGGACAUGGAAUGUUCUCUGUGCAUGAGGUUGUUUUAUGAGCCUGUCGCCACUCCCUGCGGACACACCUUCUGUCUUAAAUGUCUGGAACGCUGCCUGGAUCAUAAUCCUAACUGUCCCCUGUGCAAAGAGAACCUGUCUGAGUAUCUGGCCACGAGAGCCUACAAGAAGACGUUCUUGAUGGAGGAGGUGCUUCAGCGCUACCUGCACGAGGAGCUGGAGGAAAGGAGGAAAGUACAUGAAGAAGAAAUGAAGGAGCUGUCAAAUUUGAACCAGGAAGUUCCCAUCUUUGUGUGCACCAUGGCAUUUCCCACAAUUCCAUGCCCGCUACAUGUCUUCGAGCCACGCUACAGGCUGAUGAUCCGCAGAGCCAUGGAGACGGGAACCAAGCAGUUUGGCAUGUGUAUCUCUGAUGAAGUGAAGGGGUUUGCCGACUACGGUUGCAUGCUAGAAGUACGAGACGUGAAGUUCUUUCCUGACGGCCGCUCUGUGGUCGACACCAUCGGUAUGUCUCGCUUCAAAGUGCUCAGCCACGGUCAGAGAGAUGGCUACAACACGGCCAAGAUCGAAUAUCUGCUGGACAAAAAGGUGGAAGGAGAGGAGUUAACGGAGCUGCUGAAGAUGCACGACUCCGUGUACGAUCAGGCCUCGGCUUGGUUCUCUUCUCUCAAAGACAGCAUGAAAAGCCAGAUCCUCAGUCACUUCGGCCACCUGCCUGCCAAGGAUCCCAACCCACAGGGGAACCCCAGUGGGCCGGCUUGGUGCUGGUGGUUGCUGGCCGUGUUGCCACUGGAAAACAAAGCUCAGCUCACCAUCCUGGCCAUGACGUCCCUGAAAGACCGGCUCGCAGCCAUCCGCCGAGUGCUCGUCUUCGUCACCCGAAAGCGCCCCCGAUGACCUCGGCCUUCCCUCAUCAGCAUCGUCGUCACUGUCGCUUCAGGAGCCGUGAAGACAGGUAGCGAGUCACUGAAGCUGCUCACCACAUUCAGCUCUCAUUUCGGUUGUGUCCGGUCUCUCGUCCAAUCACAGUUCGGCCUUUCUGCACCGGCCGUCGCUCCAUUCGUUUUCAGUUUGAGCUCUGUGUUAACGACAAGGUUGAACGGGUGACUGUUCGCCUUGAGUAGCUAAAUUGGUGAUCUGGGAGGAGAAAGUCCUAUGCUUCGAACCGAAUGCUGUGAACAUUGCACUACUUUGUGCCUCAUUGGCGUGUACGGCUGACCAAACGCAUCAACGGGCUUCCGGUCUUACUGGCAGCCGGUUCUGGUUCAUGAAUCAAUGUUUUCCUUACCUAUAGGUUUUGUAAGCCACACGCUGCACAGAUCGUCAUCGUGGAUGCCAUUGAACACAUUUUUAUGAGUAAAAGAGCCUUCUUGUUCUUCUUCAGAACGUUUAUCAUUUUAGAGUGUUUGAUCAACUGUUAUUGGAAAUGGCAUGAAGUCAUUGUCAUAGAGGAGAACAGAAGGCAUGAGGUGUUAAAAGCCUUUGAAGUUUCAUUAAAACUUUGCAUGAUGCUGUGGUAGAAAGAAGGAAAUAAACAAUAUCCAAAAGGGAACCUGCUACGAUACUCCAACUAGACACAACUAAGCCUUUGGAAAAUGUCUUCUACUGUGUUCUGUGUUCGAUCCGAAGUUAAUUAUAUGUAAUGAGUGCAUUUACAUUCACACUAAUAAUUUCAUGAUUAAAUUUCUGCAUUAUUUAUGGGUACAUUCAGGUACGCCGGCCCAUUAUCAAAUUUCCAGAAAUCCUUCUUCGUUUCCACAAUUGAAUACCUGUCAUUAUUACUGUACUACAAAACGAUGCCUCUGAAACACUGGCCACAAUCCAGGAAGGUGCCAGGCCAUCGCACGCUGAACAUCCCAACAGACGGUGAACGGAGGUCUGAAAAUCUAAAUUACGAACAAUAACAGCAAAUCAUUCCAAUCAAACAUUCAAGCCUGGUUAAUUUUGGUUAGCACUUUGCUAAGAAGCAAGAAAAACAAACUAAGCUAACGAACUAACAUGCAGUUCGAACAGUUCAAUGCCAUUUACAGGUAGCCAAUACACGCUACACACUGUGUAGGUAUGAGAGAGAGAGUUUGACCUUUUUUACCUUACCUUACCAGUAACUAGACCUGUGGAGGUGUCUUGUAUACAUAAUUUGUAGUGGGGUAGUAGAAGAUUUGGAAGGCAAACGGAGCAAGGACGAAGGCAACAAUAUGUGCAAUAUGCAACCAUAAAACCUCAUCAGUAAAUAUUGAGAGGACAGGAACUUGAGCUGUGGUCAGUAACAUUAAGUCACUUGUGCUUCCAAAUAAAAUUAUACACGCAUGCUUAAUUACAUCAUUUUCACGUGGAAACUUGUCGAUUGGAUUCAUGACAAUUUCUUGCUGUUUGUUAAUUGUAUUGUUCAUGUAAACGCACUUGAUUAUAGUUUGUAAUGAAAUCGCGCUGAAGCAAUCCGUCAUUAGAUUUGUUCUGAAAGCUUGCUGUUGCUGGUAUCGGGUCAGCUUUUCUCUUUUGCUUUCUUUAUAUUGUAUUCUAGCAUAGCCCUGACUCUUCGUAUUUUGUCUUUAUAUACUGCAUAUGUAUACAGAAAGUCUCAAAAAUAUGGAAACACCCAUAUAAAAUAAAAACAUUUAGACACAAUACACGGGGGAAGAGGGGAAAACCUCUUAGGCCAUGACACCAACGUGGUGGCCAUCUUGAAUGCCACCAUUUUGGAUCGGUUUUUACAUGGGAAGGUUGGUGUGUGACACAUCAAACUGGUGGAGAAUUUCAAUAGAAACACAAUGGUGUGCUUCAUGACAUAUCUUGGAUUAACACUGUAGGUGUUUCCUUACUUUUCAGACACCCUGUGUUAAUAUAUGUGUUAAACCCCUGACUUAUCACUGUACUCUGUGUACUGGAUCAGAAAUGACACGUUUUUUUAAACUAAGAUGCUGGCACUCUAAUUCAUUCAGUUUAACUUAUUAGCCCCUAUAUAUUCGUUUGCAUUAGUUAUGCAUUUAAGAAGACAGAUUUGGUGAUCUGGUUAUAACAGUAAACAUACUUAAGAACGGUGGCUGCACUACUAUCCAAACAAACAAAUCCAAACAAUUAAAACACAUCUUAACAGAACGUG